CAAAAAGCCAUAAUAAUCAGGCGGUAAACACUUGACAACGCUCAAACGCCGUGCGACAGUCGGCGCGAUAAGUUGUAAUUGCCGCGACGGAUAAAUCGUCAUCCGAUGCUCUCCGCGAAAUAUUAAAAUAUUGAAUUUAAAAACAUACACGAAACCGAAAAACCCGAAGUGGUAAACGCGUUCAAAAUAUUCGGACAAUCGGCGUUAAGGGCUAAACGCAGUCGGACGUAUAAUUACGCGUCCUUGAUUUUCGCGCUCCUUGUGAUAUCAUCCACUCCCAGUUGGGUGUCCUUAUACUGACGUGUGUGUACCAUGCAAAUGUGCCCGGCUCGUUGACAUUGGCCCAAAGUGUUCGUGUAAUCGAUAAGAAACCGCAUUCGGUAUCCAGUUAUUAGUGAAUCGCAGGGAGUCCCCGGACCACACAAUGGCCGAUCGCUUCCAGAUCUCAAAGGUCAACGGCACCGCGAAUGCCGGAUACGAUGGUGAGUCCGGAUCAGCUAACGCCGAUCAGGAUGGAGCCCAUCCACAACCACCGUCCAGCAACGAGAAUCACCUGCAGCCCAAGGCUCCAGGAGAAAGUGGCGAGAAUCGCCGCAGUUCCCGCCUUUCCUUCCGCGGAUUCGGACACUUCCUGCGAAAAUCCGACGCGGAGCGUAAAUUCAGUCUCGCCCAGCUGACGAAGGAGAGUCUGCCGCGCCUGGACAACUACCGGAUUUCCAUGCGCAACCUGAAACGUCCUUCCAUCGGAGAACUGCAAGGAGAGGCGGUCGAUCAGAGCAUAACUAUUCCUGAACCCGAACCGGAAGCCACUGGCGGGCACAUUAAGCUAGGAUGGAUUGUGGGAGUCCUGAUACCAUGUCUACUGAACAUCUGGGGCGUCAUGCUCUUCCUGCGCCUCAGCUGGGUGGUGGCCGAGUCCGGCAUCUUGCAGUCGCUGAUUAUAAUUACGAUCUCCGCGGUGGUCUGCGUCAUCACGACGCUCUCGCUGUCAGCCAUUAGCACCAACGGCGAGGUCAAGGGUGGCGGAGUCUACUUCAUCAUAUCCCGUUCGCUGGGGCCCGAGUUUGGGGCGUCGGUUGGCGUGGUGUUUGCGUUCGCUAACGCCGUUUCGGCCUCAAUGAACACCAUCGGCUUCUGCGAAUCGCUAAAUGUUUUAUUGAAAAACAAUGACCUGAAAAUUAUCGACAAUGGCAUCAAUGACAUCCGAAUCGUUGGAUCCGUGACUGUUUUGGUACUUAUUCUAAUCUGCUGCGUGGGCAUGGAGUGGGAGACGAAGGCACAGAACUUCCUGAUCGUAACCAUUGUCCUGGCCAUCUUCAACUUCCUAAUCGGGGCAGCUAUUGGCCCACAAGGCAAUGAAGAGCACAUUUCAAGGGGUUUCGUGGGCUUCUCAUGGAAUACGUUCAAGGAGAACUUCGGCUCGGAUUAUCGCUAUGCAGAGGGAGUGCAUCACGACUUUUUCAGCGUGUUCGCGAUAUUCUUUCCCAGCGUUACGGGUAUUCAGGCAGGCGCGAAUAUCUGCGGAGAUCUCAAGGAUGCCGGAGCAGCCAUUCCGAAGGGUACCUUCUGGUCGCUGCUCAUCUCGAUGACUUCCUAUGCCCUUUUCGUUCUCUUUGCCGGUGGAGCUGCCGUGAGGGAUGCCUCUGGCAAUCCGGCAGACCUUGUCAACGGCACUCUGGUCUCGUCUGAACUGCCCUGCAUGGCCACUGGCAACUGCACCUGGGGUCUCUUCAACUCUUACGAAAUGAUGCAGGAGAUGUCAUUGUGGGGUCCGCUGAUCUACGCGGGUUGCUUUGCGGCCACGCUAAGUACGGCUCUGACUAAUCUCCUGUCCGUGCCCAGAUUGGUGCAGGCCCUGGGCAUUGACCAGAUCUACCCCGGUCUGAUCUUCUUUUCGAAGCCAUACGGAAAGCACGGAGAACCGUACCGCGGCUACGUCCUCACCUUCUUCAUCACCACAGGCUUCUUGCUGAUCGGUGAACUUAACUUGAUCGCCCCCUUGAUCUCAACCUUCUAUCUGGCCUCCUACGCCCUCAUCAACUUCUGCACAUUCCACGCGGCCUUUGUAAAGCCCUUGGGAUGGCGACCCACUUUCAAGUAUUACAACGCCUGGUUAAGUCUUUUUGGGUUUGCCAUGUGCGUGGCCAUUAUGUUUCUGAUCAACUACGUGGCUGCCAUCAUCACAUUCGGCAUCAUCUUCGCGCUGUACCUGGUGGUUAUGUACCGCAAGCCGGAGGCCAACUGGGGAUCAACCACGCAAGCACAGCAGUACAAGGCUGCUUUAAUGGCUGUGCACCGUCUGCAGAACGUCUCGGAUCACGUCAAGAACUACCAUCCGCAGGUGUUGGUGCUUUCCGGCGAUCCCAAGGCCAGGCCUCCACUGGUAGACUUUGGCUAUCUGCUGACCAAGAACAACUCCCUCAUGUUCGUUGCUAACAUUAUUCCGGUGCGAGUGGGCUACAAGAACCGUCAGAACCUGGUGAAGGAUGGCCAAAAGUACCUAGAUGCUCGCAAGAUAAAGGCCUUCUAUAACGUGAUCGAUGGGUUCAGCCUGGAGGACGGAAUAAAUGCUUUGACAAAGUCCACGGGUUUUGGCAAGAUGUCUCCAAACAUAGUCCUGGUGGGCUACAAACCAGACUGGAAUCGCUGCCGCAAAGAGGAGGUUGAGAGUUACUUUUCCAUUUUGUACAAUGCCUUCUCACAGCGCAUGGGAGUGGCACUUCUCCGCCUGCCCAACGGAUUAGACUUUUCGGAGUUGAGCUCUGAAGUCACGCUGCCGGCCAAUGGAAUGGGUCACAUGCACACCGCCAAUGCCCAAGGAUUCACUAACGAACUGAUGCCGGCAGCCAAUGCUGCCUCCGAGCUGCUGCACAUUGACUCCAACCUAAACCUGGCCGGCAUGGACAGUCCCAACUCCUCGUUCACAAUACCCCAGCCAGCGCCGAUGCCCAACAUGCAGCGAAACUCGCGCAGCUACAAGGUGAAUAGCUCAGAUGAGCCAGCCGUGACUUACCACACCAAGGGCGGAUCGGAUAUUCCGCAAAAUCUCCUGGAUGCCAUGACCAUAUUCACACGUAAACAGCCCAAGGGCACAAUCGAUGUCUUCUGGUUGUACGACGACGGAGGUCUGACGAUUCUCUUGCCAUACAUAAUCUCCAUGCGCUCCCACUGGCAAAAUUGCAGGCUGAGGGUGUUCGCAAUGUGCCACGGAAAGGAUGAGGAGCAGGAAGAAAAAAGCAUGGCCAGCUUACUGACCAAGUUCCGCAUUAAGUACUCGGAGCUCAUCAUGCUGAAGGGCGUUUCCGAGCAGCCGCGGGCUGACACACUACUGAAGCACAAGCGUUUAAUUGAGCCCUUCCGCCGCGGAGCUCGCAACGAGUUUGGCAUUACAGACGACGAGCUGCAGAGCAUGUCCGAGAAGACAAAUCGCCAGCUACGCAUCCAUGAGUUGGUGGUAAAGCAUUCGGCGAACGCUGCGUUGGUGGUCAUGUCCCUACCCAUGCCACGCAAGGAGGCCAUCUCGGCACCACUGUAUAUGUCCUGGCUGGAGAUGCUCACGUCGGACAUGAAAUGUCCGGUGGCAUUGGCCCGCGGCAACCAGACGCCCGUGCUGACGCUUUACUCUUAGAAUAGUCCCUCGCUUCCAGUUCGAGUACAACUUAGUAUUAUUAGCGUUUAGGUGUUCCGCCCAGUUCCCAGUAGAAUCGAGCCCCCAUCUGGAGCUAAAGUGGUCACUUGCAACCCAAUUAAAGUAGAAUUCCAGAGCCCAGACUCCUGCUCUAAGAGACUCACACUACUACUUACUCUUUUAUAUGAACGAACCCCUAAACGCUUGACGAUAGUCCCUAGUGAUGUUCUGUGUGAAACAGUUUUUAUCCGGUUUCAAUACGGAUUUAGAUCGACAAGAUUCGAACCAUCGUGAGAUCUGUUUCACCUGCAAUAGAUUUAAGUUAAUUACGAGAUAUUCUGAAUAAAUACAACCAUUAAAUAACA